UUCGUCAGACUUGGCGAGUCAAAGCUUGAAGAGCUGGCGUUCACGUACCUUGGCAGCAUCAUAACAAAUGAUGGAGAUGCUUACCAUGAUGUAGCGUGCCGAUUAGGAAAGGCAGGGAGCAUUUUCCAAAGGCUGCAGCUUAUUUGGACUAGCCAAGCCAUUGGACUCAAGACAAAAAUACACCUUCUCAACACAAUCGUCAUUCCAACUGCUCCAUAUGCAUGUGAGACGUGGAAGUCAUCUGUCAAAAUUGAGAAAAGACUAAAUGUGGCUCAACAGAGAUGGCUGAGACGGAUUUUGGGAGUCAGUUACACAGAUCAGGUCUCAAACAAGGAAAUCCUAUGCCGAACUGGGAGUCGAACACUUGGUGAGGUUGUGACUGAGCAUCGCAUGAGGUUUGCGGGACAUGUUCUACGUCAAAAUGAAUUACACACACCAAGAGUUGCGAUAACAUGGAAGCCAAAACGAGGAAAGCACAAACAGGGAAGUCCUCGUAUUAUUUGGCAACACACCUUCAUGGAGGACCUCAGAACAGUGGACACCAGGUGGGAGGAGGCUUCAGACAUUGCCAGUGACAGAUCUUUAUGGAGACAGCUUGCCGCGGCCGCCAAUGCGCCAAAAGGCGCGGGAGGACCUAAGUCUAAAUCAAAUAAAAAGACAGACAGGCUAUCAAAUCGUCCUCCAAUACCCUACAGUACAGUUGUGUUCAAGAAAAAUAAAUCUGAUCUUGUAAGUUAUGAAGACUUAUUAGUUACGCAAUAUCUGGAAGAGAUCAAGAGUCAAAAAGUCAAAUUAUUUCAGCCUAAAAUUCAAGCCCCUGUAUCCCCAUAUCUUCAAAGAAUAUCUAAUAUUGACUACAAUGGAAGACCUAGAGUCAGGCCAAGGUCAGCCGUUGCUUGUGUUUGCUCAGGACAUGGUAAACAACAAGGUGGUAGCCACAAAAUUUCUUGGGAAAUGGACUGCAGUAGAAACACAAUGGCUAAAUCUAUGGAGUGCUGUUGUCAUGAGUCAGAAAAAGUUUGCAGAGAAAAAAAUUGCAGAGUUUUUAGUGCUAUACCUGGCUCUUGUUGUUGCCCUCCUGCAGUCAAACCCAAGAUAGAUGCUAAAUUUAUAGCGGAUCCAAGUUUAUGGGAUCCAGCCACACCUAGAAACCCUCAUCACAGUCGACCAGUCAGUGCCCCUGUGAAAAGACUUCGACCCCCAUCUGGUUCAUCAAGAAAACUUAGGCCAUUUUCUGCUCAUAGGAUGCUGUCUAGAAAUCAUGCUAACAUAAUUAAAGUAUGUGCAUAUGUAAAUGGGUCAAGGGAAAAGUUUGCUCACCUUGCAGCACCAACUAUGGCAAUUCUUCUUGAGAUGGCCACAGAGAAACUAGGUUUGCCGUUUGCUGCCCGCAGAGUGUUUUUAGAGAAUGGACGAGAGAUUUUCACAGCUAAUGAUUUUUUUGAGUCAGAAGCAGAAAACAUUUUUGUCUCCAUGGGUGAAUCAUUUAAGAAUCCUGACCUUUCCACUAAAAAAAAUAUGGACAUCAAGAACUGCUCUGUUUGGACAUUGGCUGGAAUAACCAUGUCUGAGAAAGUCAAAAAUAAAGGAACUAAAGCAAAGAUGACCAAAAGAUUAAAAACUUUAUACAAAAACAACAAAAUUAGGAUAAUAAUCUAUGUAAAUGGAAGUAGCACUGAUGCCAAUGAAGUUAUUGCAGAUGUAGACAAUUUCAAUGGAUUUUUAGUUGCCUGCACAGCUAAACUUAAUCUUUCAAGGCAUGCUAAAAUUGUUUAUGACUGGAAUGGAAAACAGAUUACUAAUCUAUCUGAAAUUUCUUUUCUGGAUGAUAUUAUAAUGCCACAAAAGACAACUCCAAUCGGUGGUCCAGUUUGGAUCUCAACUGGAGAGAGAUUAAGUCCAUCUGGUGUUAGGGGAUAUUUGAUGAAUCUUCAGACUUCACUCAAAGAGAAACUCAAAGUUAAAAAGAAUAGAAAGCAACAGAUUGACUUUGCUUUGAAUGAUAACAAGGAGCAAGUAACAGACCCUAAAGUCCUUGCCAUAGCAGAUGAAGAUCUUUAUGAAGCCCUUGAGAAAACUGAGGAAGAUAUAGAAAAACUCAAAAACAAUUUAUCUUCUGUAAAAGAAAGAUUAGAAGAGUUGGAGUCUGAGGCAAUGAAAGAGGAGGAUGAAGGCUUGAACUACCGACUAACUCACAUUAAAACACUGGCAGUAGAUGACAGGCUAGUAGGGCUCAAGGGUAUCAAACUCAAGGUUUUUGAAAAUGGAAAAUCAGAUGGUGAAUUCAUGUAUUGUUUUAACCUUCGAGAGGCAAAUAAAGGAACUGAUAAAAAUCAGGUUUUGCUAAGGCUUCUUGAUGAAUUAUCCAGUACAAGAUUUUCUGCGGGGGUGAAUAGAAAUCUCAAUGCUGUGGCUACAAAGCUGUUUGACAAAGAAGGACGAGAGAUUACAGAUGUGUUUAGCUUGCAACCAGAGCAAUCAGUUUGGUUGUCCUUUGGAGAACCAUUCAUUAACCCUUCAACUUAUUGUUUACAUUUAUUUUUGGAUAAAGCAACACAAAUAACAACUGACAGUGGUGAAACUAAAAUUGCGAGAGAAGCAAUCACUGGAUCUGAUGAGGAACUUCUUAAAGAUACUAGUAAAUGGGAGGCCUACUCACAAUUUCCAGACUGUUAUGAAAAUAAAGAACAAUAUGAUGAUGGUAAAAAGGCAUAUCUUCUGGAGAAUGCGCAGCUUGAUGCCAACUCUCAUUACUUGCUGCAUAAAGAAAAACAUGAUUUAGCCAUAUACCCUGAAAUUAGUAUAUCAGAGAAAGCAUCCAUCAAAAACCAAGUCUUCAUUUACACUGAGGCAGGAUAUUUGAGCUGCAAAGCAAUGCCUCAGAUGUGUCUAGCUGUCAGCAAUGAGAAAACUGAAGUCCAACUUGUAAACAGCAACACAAGUGUAGAUGGUUUCAUUGUCUGCAUCCAAAAGAAAAUACCUAAUACAGCUGCUCAGAUUUGGCACUGCCUUCCAGAUGCCACAAUAUAUUCAGAGGCAUAUCCCAGCCUACUUUUAACAUACACUGGACAGAAACGAUGGGAUGCAAAUAAUGAUGAAAGUUCUAGUAACCAAGACAACAGUGUGAAGAAUGUCUCUUUAAUUGUUACAUACCCACAGCCUAAGAAACUGAAAGGUCUUCAAAGGUUUGCCUUUAAGCAGGAAAGAUUUGAUAAUCUUGGUCAAUGGAAGUUUACCGAUACAAAUAAUCCUGACUGGCACAAAUAUGCAUAUUCUUGGCCUGUUAAAACUAAUGGAGAAUUAAAUAAAAAUUAUGACUGGCCAAUGGAAGGUUAUAUUAUUCCAAAUGUACCUCCCCUUCUAAAAAGCUCAGCAAAACUAGGACUAACUGGAGUAACACCUGCAAGACUUAAAGUUCUGAGGAAUGGGGAAAGAAAUGCUGAUGUUGCAAUUAGUGUUGUUGGACCAAACAUUACAAAUCUGGUGAAAGACAACUCUAAGAAAGAGCUAAAACAUAAACACAAGAAAGCAGUCAAAGAACACUUUGUAGAAUACUCAGAAAAUGAAGAUAUUAAUAUCCUUCCUGAAGAGUCAUCUGUUUUCCAAACGGAGUUCCAAAUGUUUUUGGCUCAGUGCACUUCCUUGUUGAAUCUUCCUUUCGCUGCCCGAAGAUUGUUUGACUUUGAGGGAAAAGAAUUGUUUACCAUUCAGAACUUAUCCAGAGAUUCUCUUGUUUACGUCUCAUGUGGAGAAUCAUGGUCAGACCCAAAGCUCACCAAAAGUGAGCAAAGACGCAGAUUCCUACUUUCUCAAAUAACAUCAGAUGUUAUGAAAAUACAGCAAUUUUGCUCUAUGAGAAACCCAGAAAACUUUGUUUUGGAAAUCAGUGGUCCUCUAGCACCAGAAUCAGGAUUGGUUGUCAAUCAAAGGUGGACACCAGACCUAAGAGAAAGUCAAUCAAAAGUCAAGCAAAGUAUAGAUAACGCUGAUGAUAAUCAGAUUAAUGAUGGGGAGGAGAAUGAUGAUGGACAGCAGGAACCCAGAGAGCUAUCCUUCCAUGAAUUGUCACACCUGAAAUCUGAUGAAUAUGUUAGCAACCUAAAGUGGCCAUGGGAGAAGCUUGUUAAUGUUAGCAACAGUAUGGACACUGAAGAUCCUGAAGCUAACAAGUACUCUGACAGAGAUAUGUACAUGAAAUUUAGGCCACAAAUGUCACCCAGACUAUCAAGAGAAGCCUACCAGAAGUUUACAUAUGAAGAUGGUUACAUUGCUGUACUAGCAAACAGGACUAUGGUUUUAUCUCUUAGCAAAUCCGAGGGCAGGGUUGUCAAUGUAGUUUUGGCUAAACGCCAACCAGAUGACAUUAACCAAAGAUGGACCAUCAAAGCUAAUGGAGAAAUAAUCUCUCGUGCUCAUCAAAGUCUGGUUUUGACAGUCUCCUUGCCUCCAACCUCCUCAGGAGAGCUAUCCCAGCUGUCAUUUUAUAGUUGCCCAAUCACAGUGCAGCCUAGGUGUAACAAUCAAUAUGGCAAAGCUCACCAGAAAUGGAAAUAUGAUCCAGAAUCUGGAUACAUUUUUGCAUUUGACACUGAUCUGUUGGAUAAAGAAAUAACUGCUGCCAUUAGAGCUGAUGUCUGUACUUAUGCUGUUAUUUUAGGCCUUGAUGUAGAUCAGCCAGGUUACUUUGCAGAAAUAACAAAGCAAGGGAGAGAAGGCACAAAGCAGAUAAAAGUUUGUGUUUCUUGUGCACGCUCAAUGAGAGGGAGAUUCAAAGUUCAAAAACUUCCACCUGGCACAAGUUUUCACUGUGCUAUGGGAGAUGCCAAAAAGUUGAGGAUUCAGCACUAUGGCAGCUUUAAACAGCUCAACAAUAAAGUGGACCUGUCAACUCAUGAAGCAGAGGUAACUCUCAUGCAUUUAAUGAAGAGCUUGGAGAGUCUUAAACAACAGACAAGUGUACAUUCCAUUGAAAAAGAAAUCCAUGCUUUCAGAAGUGUGAAACUUGUCAAAGUUUUGGCCUAUAAGAAUGGUGAAGGCCGUCUCAGAAAAGGAGAGAUCAUUUGUGGUUCCAGUAUUGAAGGGAUUCUCAGCCAGUGUAACCAUAGACUAGGUCUAACUAGUGCUGCUCGCAGGAUGUACUUAGAGGAUGGAACUUUGGUAUUGGAUGUGGAUGACUUAAUUAGAUAUGUUGAAGAAAAUUACAAAUCUGAAAUGAUUAAUAUACUAUGGUCAAAGAAAUCUGAGAAAUCUGGAACUGAAGAAGCUAACACUGUUACGAAAGAAAAUGAGGAAGAAGAUGAGGCUGUUCAACUUCAAAAAUUGCAUGAAGCUGCCAGUAAAGAAAUAGAUCGUCAGAUGAGAAAAUCACUUGAUAAAAUCAUGAAUAUGACCAAUGCUGGCAUUGAAGGUUUAACUGAGGAAGAUGAGGUCAAGGACAAGCAACAGGAGGAAGAAGAACAAAAAGAUCUAGAUAAUGAGGAAGCUCAGAAAAUUUACCGCCAACGCAAAGAGCUCUACAAAGAAAUACAGUUACCACCCUUAGAUGUGAUCUUAAAGAUGCCGAUUGAAGUCUGGGUCUCAAGUGGAAAAGCUUUUAUCUCCCCUGAAGUUGUUGAAUCCAAAGAAGAAAACAGAAGGAAGAGAAGAAUCUUCAGGUCUCAGGUCUGUCUUGAACUGGACAUAGAAAAACAUGUUCUGCGAUUGAUGAAAGGUAGAAGACUAGAACAGAUGUCUCCUGGAGUAUACAGAUCAACACUAAGCAGUACUCAGCCUGUUGUUCUUGAGAGACACUGGAAGGAGCAAACAGUGGAAGAGAAAGACAAACAUGAAACAGUUUAUAAGCUGCAGGCACAUCUAGGGGAGAUAAAAGAAUACCAAAAAGAUAAUUCUCAUGUCACAGGAAUAAGACUAGAUGGUAAAUUAUACCAGCAGCCAAAUAUGAAACGUGUACUAGUUUAUCAAAAUGGAGACCACUCUGAGCGCUAUGUGUAUGUUUGGGGCAGCUCCAUUGAAGAGAUUCUAGAUAGCGCUACCUCCAAGCUUUCCAUGUGGAAGAGAGCCAGAACAAUCUACACACAAGAAGGUGUCAAGAUUGAAAACUUUAAUGACAUCCAAAGGGAUCAGAUACUGUGCAUCUCUUCUGGCAAGUCUUUCAGACAGGCAAACUGUGAGAAAAAACAGAUUGAAAUGAAAGCAAAUUGGUGUCGAGCUUCAAGAAAUCAGAAAGCUGAAAUAAUUGAAGAGAAACAUUCUGAAAAGUUUGAACUAAAUUGGACUGAAGUCAAGUCAGUCAACUAUGAGCUGGGAGCUGCAGAUGCUAUUGUUACAGCACGCAAGCAUCCCCAUGUCAAUGUUGAUCCAUUCGGACCCCCACUACUGGCUCUUCCUCCUGGUUCCAAUAACUUUUUGGAAAAAUAAGAACUAGCAUAGAAAGUGGAGAUACAGAAGUCAAUGUAAUCUAAAGGAUAUUUGUAUAUGUUUGUUGAACUUUGUGUUAAAAAAAAAAUAAUUGAUUUUUCAAAAGACACAGAUGUUUAUUCUAAUAAUAUCAAGCUUUAACUUCUUUCAAACCAGUGUUAAGUUUGAGGUUCUAGGUUUGAGGUUCAUCUCAAUAGUCCUAUUGUAUAUGCUCAAAGAGUGUGUAUUUAUGUCAUAUUUUUAUUGGAAGCUUGUUUCUGAAUUAAUAUUUCAAACAAAAUUUGUUGUUUUUUUUCCAAGAUGAAGUGAGAGUAACAAAUGAUAAGAAGUUGUGCCAAUGAAAUUCUAUGUAUUUCUGGGGAUCAUUACUUUUCUAUUUGUGCAAGCUUUAGGGUUUAGUAAAAUCUCUAAGAAAAUAAAACAAAAGUACAAAUGAAAAAAGUUAAUCACAGUUAGAAUUGAUAUUGGUUAUCUUAUAGUUUGAAGGCAUAACUUUUAGUAAAAUAUAUGCUAACUGCAACAUCUAGCAAUGUGUUAUAUUUAUUUUAAAAAAAAAAACAAAUUUUUACUUAAGCUACUUUUAAAUUUAACAAAGAGGUUAAAUUGUGAAUUAGAAAAGAUUUUUAAAAAAUCAAUAUUGCUUUGUAAGGCAGAAAUUAUGUGGGUUUGGGUUGACAUAAUAAAUAAAAAAAAUAAAUUCUGUUCAAUUACAUCAAGAGCUGUGUACAAUAUUUCUUUUAUUUGGCUACAAUAUUUUUUGUUGUUUUCAAAAUCAAUAUUUCUUCUGUUGUUUUUAUUCAAAUAUUAUAAAUAACUUCUGCAGAUCACUUUUGUUUUUUUAGUACAUUAAUUAUGUUAUAAUAAAAAAAUAAUUUUAAAUUCAAUGUGAUUUCAACCAUUUCUUUAUUUUAUAGAUUCUAUUUUUUAUUAAAUGUAUUUACUUUUGUAUUCUGUGAUACAAAUUUUUACAAAUAUAUAUCAUUUACACAUGUAGAACAUUCCAGUCAAGAUCAGAAUUAUUUACAUUCUGAUUUUAUUUUGUGCACAUAUCAUGAAGAAUGAAAAAUAUUGAAAUAAAGUUCAUC